AUGUCUGCGACGUUGGAGAUCAUUGCUGUCUUUUUGUGCCUGGUGGGGUGGGCAAUGAUUGGAGCUACUUUGCCCAAUAACUUUUGGAAGGUCUCCAGUAUCCAUGGCAGUGUGAUCACAACAUCCACCUUCUUUGAAAAUCUGUGGAAGAGCUGUGUACAAGACAGCACUGGAACAGCCACCUGCAGAGACUUUGACACUCUGCUUGCCCUGCCUGCUUACAUUCAGGCAUGCCGUGCCUUGAUGAUUUCUUCCAUUGUUUUGGGAUUCAUAGCCACGGUGCUCUCCCUGCUUGGUUUGAAGUGCACGAGCAUUGGCUUGAGAGAUGAAGAUCUAAAAACAAAGUUUGCUGUCACAGGAGGAUUUCUUUACAUUUUUGGAGGUCUCUGCUCCAUGGUGGCUGUUUCUUGGUAUGCUGCAAUGAUUACUGCUCAGUUUUUCGACUCGUUGUACGCUGGAACCAAGUAUGAGCUAGGAAACGCUCUGUACUUAGGCUGGGCUGGAUCUGUUCUGUAUAUGCUCGGUGGGAUCUUCCUGACCUGUUCAUGCAAAAGGAACAAACAGCAGAAUUACAGUGCCAACAAAUACAAGUAUUCAGCAGGCAAGGCAGACCACCAGCCACGCAUUUACACCAGAGACUCUGACACAGUCACCAACAAGGAGUAUGUCUAAAGGCACCUUUUACACUGCUUGUAACCUUGGUCGAUGAUGAACUCGAAGCAAGAAGCAAACUCCUUCCCUGGUUCUGGCUCCAAGCUGCAAUCUCUGGCUUCAUUGGGAGCAGCACAAGGAAGGGGUAUGGUUUCCACUGUAAAUAGGAAUGGUUUUUCAGAUGUAAAUAGGUUUCUACAGAAGCUGCUGUGAUGUGAAAUCCUGUGGCAGGGAGGUUUCCUGCUGAGAGGCCUGGCAAAGUGUACCCACAGAGAGUGGUGUGUCCUGACAGGAGCAGCUCCCUUGCAGUAGAGUCACACAAC